CUUCUCUGCGCUGCACCACGCUGCUCUGACCGGGACCACCGAGCUGCUGUCUCUGCUGCUGGAGGCCCAGGCCACAGUGGACAUCAAAGACAUCAACGGGAUGCGUCCGCUCCAUUAUGCAGCCUGGCAGGGUAAAUCUGACUCGGUCUUACUGCUGCUGAGAGCCGGUGCUUCAGUCAACUCCCCUUCACUUGACGGACAGAUCCCCUUACACCUGUCUGCACAGUAUGGGCACUAUGAGGUGUCCGAGAUGCUGCUGCAGCACCAGUCCAACCCCUGCCUCAUGAACAAGGCGAGGAAGACUCCGCUGGAUUUGGCCUGUGAGUUCGGCAGACUGAAG